GUGUGUCAGCCACGCUGGCUUUGUCGUCGGAAAGCCCCUCGGUUUCACUUUCGGCCUGUGAUUUAAAUACACCGGGUCCGGGUCCGGGAACAAAACUGAAAGCGCAGCUCGGUCCGACAUGUCUCGCUUACUUCUGCUGCUCUGCUGGUUAUCCCACGCCGACGCCGCUCGGUUCAUCCACAGCGGGGACGCGACGGCAGACUUCGGCGGGGACGCGCACUACAGGUGCGCGCUGGUGGACGCCACGGGCGUGCUGCAGGUCACCUGGCAGCGGCUGGCGGGCGGGGGGCCCGUGGAGAUCCUGGGCACCUACAGCCGGCGGUUCGGCACGCAGAUCGACGGGCGCCACGCCGGCAAGGUCGUCUUCUCGGAGGCGUCCCUCAACUCCACGUCGAUCACGGUGAGGAACGUGACGUGGGCGGACGAAGCCUGCUACGUCUGCUCCUUUAACGCCUACCCCGGCGGCUCGACUCGCCGGCAGACCUGCCUCACCGUGCAAGGCAUAUCCGACCUGCAAACCGAUGUGCAACGAAUUUCCAACCAUGGAUUCAAGGGAGAUGGGGAGGUUGUUGUCAGUUGCUCGGCCACAGGUAAACCAGCCCCCGAAGUCCGGUGGAGCAGCUCAGCAAGCGCCGACCUGAAGGAAUCAAAUCACAGGACUGUUCAGAACCAUGACGGCACGUUCACCACCACGAGCAACGUCACUCUGACGCCACAAGCAGACAGAUACGUGGACUGUCUGGUGAACGAUGGCCAGAGACGGGAGCGUGUCCUUGUCAACAACUCCUCCAUGGGCGAGGAAGAGGAGAACACAGAUGUGGAGAAAGAGGAAGGAAGUGGAACACUUGUUUUGGUGAUUGCUGUUGUAUCCAUCAUGUGCAUUGCCUGUGUCGUCGUAUAUGCUUGGGCGAGGCAAAAAAGGUUGCUGGACGUCAAUAUUUCCAUGUGCCACAGACGAGCUGCAAAUGUUGUAUAAUGUGAAUUUUGUUUUCCUGUUUAGCAUUUAUUUAUUGUUCAUUUAUUUAUUUACCAACCUAAUCCAAUUUGGGGUUUAUGGAACCGCAGCACCUAUGAUUGGGAUCUGAUUGACUGUUUGUGGGUGGGCUCUAUUGAACCCAAGGACAACUGAGUUUCCAUUUCGCCCCAUAAGGAGGUAUUUGGGACUGUAGGAGGAAACUGUGUGAGUCAAAGCCUCCGUGCUGCCUCAUUAAUUGGGGCUACUGUAACUUGGGUUGGGUCCGGUUCUUACACAGUGAAACCCGUUGCACUUUAAUCGCGGACUAAGCUAUUAUAUUUUUUAUCAUUGUAGGUUUUAUGUAUUGAAGGCUAUGUAACCUGGGCUUUGGUGUCUUUGAAUAUUCUAGUCGUUGGAAGAGAAAAUACUUGAAUACUUUUUUUCCGCUUAGAAUUUACACACGCACUUUAUACCAUUUAUUAAAUGUAAUUUGUAGUUUGUGUUUUGCUUUCUCUUGUGUUGCCUGUGUUACACCUACAUUGGGUGGCCCAGUGGUCGUUCCCAGUUCCUUGCUGUGUGAAGUUUGCAUGUUCUCUACGUGGGGUUUCUCCGGGUGCUCCGGUUUCCUCCCAUCGUCAAAAAGACAUGCAUGUCAGGGUUAAUACCCCUGAAUGUACCCCCGACCAAGGCAAUGGAAAGAACUGGUCCCUGGGUGCUGCAGUUGCCCACUGCUCCUAGCUAC